UUUAAUAUGCUUAACUUUAACCCCAGUGCACUGGUGGUGUGAUACAUAUGGUGGAUAGCAAAUAGGUUUGCUCAGAACAUGAAUUUUUUUUAACAAAAGGAAGUAUGUGAUUAUGUUGCAACUUUGUUAGUGCAAUUGACUACAAAUGUCCAAAGCAAAAAGAGCAUAAACAAAGAAUUGAAGGGCCGCCUUCGUCACGCAGGUGUGUAUAAACUCUCAACUUUUUUUUUCUUCUCUUCUUUCUUGUUUGGUUACGUUUAUGGCCUCUUCAGUAUCACUACCAUUAGUUGUCUGGCAUAACUUUACGAAUCCCAACACCACAUGCAUCACCUCUAGUUACCCCAAUGUCUAUGCUGGACAAAAGGAUGGACAUAUUUGGGUCUAUACAGUAUCCGAUCAGAAUCCUUCCUUACUCCAGCACAAGUUUCUUUUGGUGGGCCAUAAAACUUCAGUGGUUGCGUUAUGUGUGGUGAAGACGGAAACAGACGCCUUGUCAAAGUCAGAAGAUGUUUUAAUUAGUGCUUCAGAGGAUGGUGAAAUUAUACGGUGGAAUGCGUCCGAUGGACGUUGUCAAGCUGUCAAUCAUACAGGGUUCUACGGCAUUCCGCGUCUUUUAAAAUUUUCGGAUCGACAUAUUUUUUGUUGUGGCCAAGCAAAUGAAAUCACGAUUCUCAAUGCUACCACGUUAGAAGUGGUUCGGGUGUGGGGCGGUCAUUCAAACUGGGUAACCUGCAUGGAUUUCUAUGAUUCAGACACAAACCGUUCAAGGCUGCUCACGGAUCAGUCUGUUCCCAACAAACCGUUAAUUUUAAAUAACACAACUUCGUUUGAUUCCGCAUUUAACCUUGUAGGCAAUCCUGCUCUGCCAGGUGUAUGCAUGACCCUAACAAGUAAAAAUAUCAUGAUAUUAGCGAUGCAAUGUACCGAGUUCGUUCCUCAAUUUAUGAUUCCAGCAGAACCUAAUACUAGCUGGGCAGGUGGUCAAUUCUUUGGAAAGGACCGAUUUAUUAUUUGGACACUGAAUGGUGAGGUAUUUGAUUAUAUAUUGCAGCCUCCCGAAUCACAUAAAACAGAAGCUGUUUCGGAAGAUGAUGGAAGUCUAUAUUACAGUGCGACCUUGACAAAAUGUUACAAAUUCGAUAAUCAUCGAUCUAUUCAUUCAGGAACAGUGAUUACGACUAUUUUGUCGAAAUUCGUUGAAGGCGACAGGGAAGAACUUUCGGCCGUAACCUUAUGUAACCAUCCAGAAGCGUCGGGAUUUAGUAUCAUUCCUUUACCAGUUUCAGAACCUGUGGAAGAAGCAGUGACCUAUUGUAUCGAAACCACCUUUUCCGAUGUUUGGCCCUUGAUAGAAAAAAGCGAUCCCAAAUUUGGAAAUAUCACAAUUACUGCUCCAGUAAACACAAAUCAUCUAGCCAUUGGUUACGAUUCGGGAACUAUUUGUGUGGUGCCAUUGUCUUUGGCAUUAUUACACUUGACAGAAAUUUCCAACUUUAUUGGGAAGAGAGAUGACGUCCGAUUAUUUGAAAAGGCCCACCAUAGCGCUAUCACUUGCAUGAUUGUACCCGAGCACCAUGUAUCUGGCCAGCAAUAUCUUUUAUCCGGUGGUCAAGAUGGCGCUAUUAAAAUAUGGAACCUUAUCGUCCUGUGCUGUUCAUUCCAUGCCUGUAGAAGCCUUCAUCGAACCAGCAGAACAAAAAGACACUCGUGUCAGAGGAUGUGUUGUUUCCAUUGCCAAAGAUAAUUCAAUUGCCCUGAUAUCCGUUGAUUCUAUGACGUGGUAAAUCUAC